GAUUGGGCACGCCUGCUUAUCUCGCAAUUUCCUGCUCAUCGGCGUGCGAAAUGCCUAUAAGUACCGGGCCCUUCACAGGAGAUCACAUUUUAACUUCCAAGCAUUCUUCCUUCACUCAGCAAUCACUUUGCAUUGAUCAAUACCGAGCUUGACAGGAUCACUUUUACUCACUUCAGACUUUACCUUACAACGUCGCCAUGGCCAUUAUUGAUAUGCCCGUCACCACUCAAGAGACCAAUGAUCAUCCAAUUGACGUUCCAGACGAAUCUGCACUUGUCUCUACUCGCAAGUCCACUCCAUCUGAUUUUGAAGAUCAAAGCUCAUCACAAGAAGAUGGGCUGGCGUAUAAUGACCAUGACUCAUCUGAAGAUACUACCCGUGACAGUGGGCAUCAGAAUCUAGACGAAACGUCUCCGAAAUGGACCUGGGGCUUCAAAAAGUUGCGCAGUCUUCUGUCUGAGGGUCGGGGAGCAGUGACCGAUCCUGUCGUACGGUUCGUUGGGCGCCAUCUCCUUGGCACUAAGCUCAUCUUCGUCGUUGGUAAAGCUGGGACGGGGAAGACAUCUAUCCUGUCUGAACUCACAGAUCAUGGUGACCUACAGCCGUGCACAACCCUCCAAGCAGGCACCAAGAACUAUCGUAUGAUCCCUGGUAUCAUUGAUGACGAACAGUAUCUUUUUGUUGAUACGGCCGGGUUUGGGGAUCCCAAUCGGGAUGACAUGGAGACGUUCAAGGACUCAGUAAGCUGUCUGAUUGCUCUCGGGUCUUUUGUUGAAGUGGUCGGAGUUCUCUUUGUCAUUGGGAAUCCAGGAACCAGACUGGAUCAACAAGAUGCCAAGACCCUUCGUUGGUUGCAAUGCUUCUGCGGUCCGGACUUCUUUCGCAAUAUCACCAUUGUCACAAGCUUUUGGGACUCAUACAAUGCUGGUUCAUUCAAACAGGCAUUCAACAGAAUGCAGAGCCUAUAUGCAGACAAGAUCUUUGAGAAGAUCCUAAGCCCUUCAACCUCGGAGAAACGCUACCAUGGAGUCCAUAUUUACCAUCAUGGAGUCACAGGUGGAAAUCUCACGUUGGACUCCUUCCCCGGAUUAGACUAUACUGAGAACCGACAUGAACGCCGCGAAGAACUUCGCAACUUAAUCCGACGCCGCUAUGCAGAGCGUCGCUACAAGCCUACCAAGCUCCAGUUCAUGCGGCAAGCUGAGGAAAGAGUGCCAUUCAUGGAAACCGAAGCCGCUAAGACUCUGCGAGCUCCGGCUGUUGGUGUCACUGUCAAUAUUGUCAAGGGCAGAUGCGUAAUUGAGGCUGUUCCAACUGCACAGGAAACUCCGCCUUUGGAGUAUGGAGAAGUGCCUCAUGUCAAAGAGGCUUCUUGGAGAGAAACUGUACUUCAAUGGUGGAAUACUGCCGUUCAAGUAGGGGAGUUCUUUCGUGACGCACGCCAGCGGCAGGCCCGAGCCCGGGCCUCCACUGCUGGAACAGCUGGCUUCCUUCAGGGAGUUCGUCAGUGGUGGAAUGGAUGGUCAACGGCUCAGACGUCGCCAGGUGAUGCUGAUCAAUGAGAACUGGGUCUGAGGGUAUUCUGUGCAGGACGAGAGAAUACUUAUUCAUCGUGCGACUACUGUCAUUACUAAAGUCGAGUUUGGAAAUGACUCGUUGAGCUUACUUAUAUGUCAAAUUGUCUUUGCAAUCGCUACACAUCUGGCCACGUCCUCUCGGGAAAUGACGACCCUAGAAUUACUAGACGCAACUAAAUUUCUUGACAUGGAAUAACGAAUCUUAUGUAGAGCUCCACUUUAUCCUUAUUAUAACUAGCUUACAGUUUCAUGAAAGAAUCGGAUGGUUGCAAGCCCGAA